GGGCUGGGGCGGGGCCGCGGCUGACCCCGCCCACCCGCCGGCCGCUGCCCGGGAGCCCGGGCGGAACGAACAGCGGGGCCCGAGCGGCCGGCGGCGCGGCGCAGACAAUGGGAGCGGCGCUGGCGGCGGGGGCCGCGGAGCCCCGGGCCCGGCGGGGACGGGAGGCCGCGCCAUGAGCCUCGCAGCCGGGCGCCCCCCUGUGCGGCGCGCAGGCCGAGGCGAGCGGCCUCUGCGAGUCCCGGGCCCCAUCCAGGGGCCGGCGAUGCGCUGCCGGGGCUGAGGAUGAUGGUAGAUUGCCAGAGCUCCACGCAGGAGAUCGGCGAGGAGCUGGUCAACGGGGUCGUCUACUCCAUCUCGCUGCGCAAGGUGCAGGUGCACCAUGGCGCCUCCAAGGGCCAGCGCUGGCUCGGGUGUGAAAAUGAGGCGGCCCUGAACCUGUACGAGACCUGCAAGGUGCGCACGGUAAAGGCGGGCACGCUGGAGAAGCUGGUGGAGCACCUGGUGCCGGCCUUCGAGGGCAGCGACCUCUCCUACGUGACCAUCUUCCUGUGCACCUACCGCGCCUUCACCACCACGCAGCAGGUCCUGGACCUGCUCUUCAAAAGCAGGUACGGUAGAUGUGACGCCCUCACGGCCUCCUCUAGAUACGGGUGCAUCCUCCCCUACUCCCACGAGGACGGCGGGCCCCAGGACCAGCUGAGAAAUGCCAUCUCCUCCAUCCUGGGCACCUGGCUGGACCAGUACUCAGAGGACUUCUGCCAGCCCCCCGACUUCCCCUGCCUCAGGCAGCUGGCGGCUUACGUGCAGCUCAACAUGCCUGGCUCCGACCUGGAGCGCCGUGCGCACCUGCUCCUGGCUCAGCUGGAGCAGGCGGAGCUGGAGGCUCUAUCGCCAGCUCCAGCUCCAGAGCCAGCGCCAGAGCUGGAGCCCGCUCCAGCGCCGGCUGCAGCAUCCAGCCCGGCCCCAGCGCCCAGUCCAGUGCUGGUCUCGGGGCGAGAGCUAAUCUUGGCUCCGGAGCUUGAGCCAGCUCUCGAGCCGGCCCCAGAGCGAGAGCCGGCGCCAGCACUGGCCCCGACGCCCACUCCAGAGCUGGAGGCAGCUCUGUCGCGAACUCUAGAACUGGGGCCGGCUCCAGCGCCAGAGCCUUCCUGGCCUUCGCCGGUGGCCGCAGAGAAUGGGCUGAGCGAGGAGAAGCCUCACCUCCUGGCGUUCCCGCCGGACCUGGUGGCAGAGCAGUUUACCCUGAUGGACGCGGAGCUGUUCAAGAAGGUGGUGCCCUACCACUGCCUGGGCUCCAUCUGGUCCCAGCGCGACAAGAAGGGCAAGGAGCACCUGGCCCCCACCGUCCGCGCCACCGUCACCCAGUUCAACAGCGUGGCCAACUGCGUCAUCACCACCUGCCUCGGGGACCGCAGUGCCACGGCCCGGGACAGGGCCCGCGUGGUGGAGCACUGGAUCGAGGUGGCCAGGGAGUGCCGGGCGCGCAAGAACUUCUCGUCGCUGCAUGCCAUCCUCUCCGCUCUGCAGAGCAACUCCAUCCACCGGCUGAAGAAGACGUGGGAAGAGGUCUCCAGGGACAGCUUGCGGGUCUUUCAGAAGCUGUCGGAGAUUUUCUCGGAUGAGAACAACUACUCCCUGAGCCGGGAGCUGCUCAUCAAGGAGGGAACCUCCAAGUUCGCCACCCUGGAGAUGAACCCCAAGAGGGCCCAGAAGCGGCCGAAGGAGACGGGUGUCAUCCAGGGCACCAUCCCCUACCUGGGCACGUUCCUCACGGACCUGGUGAUGCUGGACACCGCGAUGAAGGACUACCUGUAUGGGAGGCUGAUCAACUUCGAGAAGAGGAGGAAGGAGUUUGAAGUCAUCGCCCAGAUCAAGCUGCUGCAGUCGGCUUGCAACAACUACAGCAUCGAGCCCGAGGAGCAGUUCGGGGCCUGGUUCCGCGCCACGCAGAGGCUCAGCGAGGCCGACAGCUACAACCUGUCGUGUGAGCUGGAGCCCCCCUCCGAGUCGGCCAGCAACACCCUGAAGGCCAAGAAGAGCACCGCCAUCGUGAAGCGCUGGAGCGACCGCCAGGCCCCCAGCACGGAGCUGAACACCAGCGGCAGCUCGCAUUCCAAGUCCUGCGACCAGCUCAGGUGCGGCCCCUACCUCAGCAGCGGCGACAUCGCCGACGCGCUCAGCGUCCACUCGGCGGGCUCCUCCAGCUCCGACGUGGAGGAGGCCAACGUGAGCUUCGUCCCGGAGUCCCCCGACGGCCAGGAGAAGAAGUUCUGGGAGUCGGCCUCCCAGUCGUCGCCGGAGACCUCCGGCAUCAGCUCGGCCUCCAGCAGCGCCUCCUCCUCCUCGGCCUCCACCACGCCCGUGGCCGGCACCCGCACGCACAAGCGCUCCGUCUCGGGGGUCAGCAGCCACAGCGCCUCGCUGCCACUCUACAACCAGCAGGUGGGCGACUGCUGCAUCAUCCGAGUCAGCCUGGACGUGGACAACGGCAACAUGUACAAGAGCAUCCUGGUGACCAGCCAAGACAAGGCCCCGGCCGUCAUCCGCAAGGCCAUGGACAAGCACCACCUGGACGAGGGCGAGCCGGAGCACUACGAGCUGGUGCAGGUCAUCUCGGACGAGCGGAAGCUGAAGAUCCCCGACAACGCCAACGUGUUCUACGCCAUGAACUCCGCUGCCAACUACGACUUCGUCCUAAGGAAACGGACCUUCACCAAGGGGGCGAAGGUCAGGCACGGGGCCAGCUCUACCCUCCCCCGCAUGAAGCAGAAGGGACUCAAGAUCGCCAAGGGCAUCUUCUAGCGGGUCCCUCGCGACGGCCCGGCCACAGGCCCGCCCUGUCCAGGAUCGGGCUGGCCGAGCAAGGAGCCGCUCACAGACGGCAGUGGCCCCGGCCCAGGCGGGCGCCUUCCGGAGCCCCGCCUGUCAGCCCAGGCCACCCCCGCCUCCGGUCUCACCCUGGACCUCCCUCGCUGCCGGGAUUGACGCCUGCCCGCCGGCAGGCUGACCUGGCCCCCCGUGGACCACUCGCCGCCUUAGGUGCCUUCCGCUCUCUGGACCCAGAGGACUCGCCGACGCUGCCAAGGGGCACGGAGCCCGCCCGCCCCCGGGCACGCCCUCGCCACACCUCCCCCACACCUGCCCAGGUGUGGGUCACUGCCACUCGUGCCCACGGGCGCCCCGGGGCACCCAGUCUCCCACCGGGUCCGACCACUGCAGUUCUCUCCUCACAGCCACGGGCACCGGCCGUGCCACUGCCGGGGCCCCGGCCCCCUGCCACCACUCCAGCCUUCCGCAGGCCGCACCAAAGAUCCCAUCGUCGGGGCCAUCUGAGAGAGGGGGCCCCCCGGCCCGACCCCCUGCCCGAGGGGAGGGGAGGGGAGGGGAGGGGAGGAGAUGAGAGGAGGGGCCCUCCUCCCAGACCCCUCUCCGCUGGACACUGCGAGUGCCACGGACCACUGCGCCCUGGGCUUCACGAGACGGAGACCGCAGGGGGCGGGGUCCGUGGGAAAGGAGACCUGGGGGGAGGGGAGGGCAUUGAACAUUUGUAUAAAAGGCAAAAACCAUGUUUACUGGUUGGGGAGGGGCAAUAUUUAUUUGUUGUAAAUAGAAAAUGCUAGACUUGAAUAUUAUAUUAAAAUCCCGUUUCUACUAUA